CUCCCCGCUUGCCUCUCCUUCCCGGCGCCGAGUUCAGCCUGGCCAGCGGCAUGGGUGAUACGCCAGCAACAGAUGCCGGGCGCCAGGAUCCGCAUCCUUAGGCCAAGCUGAACGCCUGAAGAAGAGAGAAGGAACCGGAGAAGGGCCGGGAAGGCGGGCGUGGAGGUGCGGAGAGCCCCCCCAAAGGCAGAAGCCCCCGCCCCCACCGGAGAGCUCCGCGCCGGCACAGCGCCCGCCUGCUGCCGCCGCCGCCGCCGGCGCCCCCUCGCUCCAGCCAUGCCGGGCCCGGCCGCCGACGGGGGCCAGGUGCCCUCCUGCCGCGCCGCGGGGGAGACCCGCGCGCGGGGCGAAGGCUCGGGGGGCGGCGGCGGCCGGGGGAGGCCGGGCGCGUGCGGACAGCGGCAGGACAUCGUCUGGAGGAACGUCGUCCUCAUGAGCCUGCUCCACUUGGGGGCCGUGUACUCCCUGGUGCUCAUCCCCAAAGCCAAGCUGCUCACUCUGCUCUGGGCCUACUUCUGCUUCCUCCUGACGGCUCUGGGUGUGACAGCUGGUGCCCAUCGCUUGUGGAGCCACAGGUCCUACAAGGCCAAGCUGCCUCUGAGGAUAUUUCUGGCUGCCGCCAACUCCAUGGCUUUCCAGAACGACAUCUUCGAAUGGUCCAGGGAUCACCGAGUCCACCAUAAGUACUCAGAGACCGACGCUGACCCCCACAACGCCCGCCGCGGCUUCUUCUUCUCCCAUAUCGGGUGGCUGUUUGUUCGCAAGCAUCGAGAUGUCAUCGAGAAGGGGAGAAAGCUUGACGUCACUGACCUGCUGGCUGAUCCUGUGGUCCGGUUCCAAAGGAAGUACUAUAAGGUCACCGUGGUGCUCAUGUGCUUCCUGGUGCCCACGCUGGUACCCUGGUACCUCUGGGGAGAGAGUCUCUGGAAUUCCUACUUCCUGGCCUCCAUCCUUCGCUAUACCAUCUCACUCAACGUCACCUGGCUGGUCAACAGUGCCGCCCACAUGUAUGGAAACCGGCCCUAUGACAAGCACAUCAGCCCUCGGCAGAACCCACUGGUCACUCUUGGCGCCAUUGGUGAAGGCUUCCACAACUACCAUCACACCUUUCCCUUUGACUACUCUGCGAGUGAAUUUGGCCUAAAUUUCAACCCAACCACCUGGUUCAUUGACUUCAUGUGCUGGCUGGGGCUGGCCACUGACCGCAAACGGGCAACCAAGCCGAUGAUCGAGGCGCGGAAAGCCAGGACUGGAGAUGGCAGCGCCUGAACCUGGAUCCUCCAUCCACCGUGUCCGCCGUUGACACCUGGGUUCAUGGCUUUUGUUACUAUCGUUCUUUUGUUCAUUGAAUCACGGAAGAGGAUAGAGGGUGAGGAGACAAUGGAAUCUAUGUGGUUUGGAAAGUUUUUGUUUGUCUCAAAAUAAUGUCAAGAAACAACUCAAUGAAAAAAAAUUUUUAAGUCAAUGUAACUAUGAUUUAACAUUAGCUCGUGGACUUGUGAUUUAAAUGCUGUCGCUACAAUAUGUCAAACAUACACUGUCAUAUGCUUGUACAUGUUAACCCUGACAGGAUGAAGGAAUUUAAUAUUCUUUCAGUGUGAUUCAGGAGAGCAUUUCUUUUCUUUUCUUUUCCUUUCUUAACCCAGCAUUACUUUUAAACACACUAUCUGAAGGAGCAGAGAGGCAGGGUAGAAGACAAAAGAGGGUCUAAGAAGUCACUAAGGAAUGUUUCUGUUUUGUAAUUAGUAUAUGUGUGUGUGUUGUUUUUUAAGUAAGAGAACUGAAAACUUUAAAAAGUGAGAAUACAGGAAAUGGCUCUCUUAUUUUUUGGCCCUGUUUAUAGCUUGUCAAUGCUCCACUGUCUUUGCUUCAAAAGAGAUCUGUUCACUGCCCAGCUAGCUCUGUAUCCUGAGCUGUACGCCAGCCGACCCUAUACAUCAAUGCCUGUUUAGGUGUUUGAUUUUGUUCUCUUUGCUAUUGUCAUUUUGAAGGUGUAUAACUCAGACGUGCCAGACAUCAAAUUAAGCUCAAAUUAAGCUUUCAUUUAAAUGUUUAGACACCUAAUUUAUAUUCUAAUUGAUCCCAGCCACUGAUGCAUGCACUUUAGCUACUUCUGCUAAAUAAGCGUAUUAAUUUUCCACACCAGGCCAUCAGAUCUUAAUAACCGACAGUUAUCUAGAACUCAGUGUCUACUAAUGUUUCACCUGCAUGUGGCCUUCAUUGAUUUUGCAGCAAAAUAUAAAGUGAUCAUUAUGUAGCUUCCGGAUUAAAAAAAUUUUGUGUGUUAAGUUGCCUUGUAAAGAGCAUGUUGAAUUAUCGGGACAGCGCGCCCUUUGUGUUAGAUGUUAGAGCAAAGGAAAGGCUUCUAGUGUUGGCAUCGGAGCGCUGUGAAGGUAGAUAUUUUUGGGAAAGAUGUGGGAUUUAAAAUUUUGGGAAGAGAAGUGAUGCCAAUAGAAAAUUGUCAUAAUGAAGUUCUUCAUCCAGCAGGUGUUUAACAGUGUUAUUUUGCCAUUAAUAAUGUGUAAACUAUGAGUGAUUUACAAUAAAUGAUUAUGAGUUCA